AUGAGUGGCUUUAGGUCCGUCAUGAAGGAUGGAUGGCAUCCUAAGGGCCGGGAUGGCGGCAAGGAGUCAUGGAGGGGCGAUUUCAAGGGGAUAAACCAAGUGGCUGGAUGGAUGGGAAAAGGCAGAGACCCCAACAAGAAAGACGGCAUUGAGCAUGUCUCCCGGCCUCUUUCGACGCUCAAAGAUCCAGCGUCGUUUGGGCUGCCUCCCAAAAACGUCAACUAUCACGGUGGUGCUGCGCUGCCCAACGAGAUAACGCCACAGACUGGGGGAUGGGGCGCUCCCUUGACUCAAGAGCAGAUCUCUAGCGCAAAUGAAGCUGUCAAGGCUUCCGAGCAAGAGAUCGAAGAAGAGAAUAAACGUGCAGGCCCCCCUUUACCAUAUCGGGCGGAUCGAACUGGGCUGAAGACGGAUCACCUACCACCCCCUCCUAUUCAUCGUGACUUGAAUCGAUCACCUGAAGUUGCGGAAACAGGGCUGGCUAAACCAAAACCAGGUCUACCUCCAAGACUGCCCUCCCGACAGAAUACGGGGAGUACAUCCACUCCUCCGUCUGUCGCCAAUUCCCCUCUCCCAACAACCGCUCCUCCAGCUUACGAAUCCAUUCCUGUCGCUGCACCUAGCUCACAACCAAGCGCGAGUUACGGAAUCAACCAAGCUGCCAUCAACAGGUUAGGGAAUGCAGGCGUUUCAGUCCCAGCGCUGGGCAUCGGCUCUGAUCAGAGUUCAAAUCCCUGGCGUAACGAGCAAAGCCAGCCAAAUUUGCCAAAGAGCCCGCCCUCAAUGUUUCAAACACCUGUACACCAGCUAUCGGAGCUUCAAGCCCGCUUUGCCCGCAUGAGCUCGAACUCCAGUACCGGGCAACAACAAAACACCACUCCUCCAUUUGUCACCCCCGCUCAAUCCCCUUCGCCAGUCAUUGCGAACACACCCACCCAACAAGCCUAUGCGACACAGCCGCAACCACAAAGCUCAGCACAAGGAACUACAUGGGCUGAAAAGCAAGCUGCCAUGCGUACUGCUCAGAGCGCCUACAAGGAUCCUGCCUCCGUUUCCGCCGCUGAUGCUAGCUCGGCUGUCCGCACGGCCAACUCGUUCCGAGAACGACACCAAGACAGCAUCAACGCCGCCGGGGCUAAAGCGAACCAGUGGAACAAGAAAUAUAAUGUGACAGGCCGCCUCAACUCUUUCCUCGAGAAACACAGUUCCUCUGACGACCCCCAACCGCCAAAUGGUGCCAAUGCAGGCGGAACUGCACCAAUGCAACCGUCUUUACAAAACCAGACUGCCGAGAUGGCGGCCUCGAUAUCCCGCAAGCCCCCGCCACCUCCACCACCGAAGAAGCCAGCGACUAUGCAUGGUAGUGUUGGUUCAACGGGAGUUGCCCCGCCGCCCGUGCCGCUGGGGACGAAGCCGAGUUAUUCAUGA